AUGUCGGAUCCGCUCCUUUUCGAAGAUACCUUCACGAUCACUGCGAUCAAUUCGCAGAAAUAUGAUCGCGUUUCUCGUCUGACCUGCACCUCUUCCGAUUCCAUGACCACAUUUACUCUCGAUAUCAAUAGUGAGCUGUACCCCUGCGCGGUUGGCGAGUCGGUUUCUAUGGCACUUGCUUCGACACUUUCUCUGGACGGCAAGGAGGCUACAGGGGCGAAGGCCAGCUGGAGAGAAGUAGGAGCCGGUGAGCAGACUUUGGCGAAUGACUAUGACUAUGUCUGCCACGGCAAGGUUUAUCGGUUCGAGGAGGCAGCGACCCAGGGCAACAUGGCUGUUUUUGUCUCCUUUGGCGGACUGUUGCUUUACCUCGAAGGGCCCUACAAGAAGCUGGCUCCUCUCCGCAUUGAUUACGUGUAUCUGCUCCUCAAGAAAUAA